CCGCCCAUCCCUGCUGACUUGAGAAGGGUGUGCAAAGAGACGAGCGGGAGAAGGUCGACAAAUCGAACCUAUCCACGGAUUUUUCGGGGCGAGGCGACGGUAGAGGACCGCGGUGAACGUGGUUUGGCUGCAGACUCAUGACAAUGGAAAUGAAGGGCGAACAGCAGGACGAAGAUAUUUCAUUCAGCAACACUGACACUAAUGGUAAACGUCCUGCUGAGGACAUGGACGAGGAGCAGGCCUUCAAACGUUCACGCAACAUUGAUGAGAUGGUGGAGCUGCGUGUUCUGCUUCAGAGCAAAAAUGCGGGAGCCGUCAUUGGAAAGGGUGGCAAGAACAUAAAAGCUCUUCGCACAGACUACAAUGCCAGUGUAUCAGUCCCAGACAGCAGUGGCCCAGAGCGGAUCCUGAGUGUAAGUGCCAGUAUCGACACCAUUGGAGAGAUUCUACUGAAAAUCAUACCGACUCUAGAGGAGUACCAACAUUACAGUGGGAUUGAUUUUGACUGUGAGCUUCGCCUGCUGAUCCAUCAGAGCUUGGCUGGUGGGAUAAUUGGAGUGAAAGGUGCCAAGAUAAAGGAGCUGAGAGAGAACACCCAGACCACCAUCAAGUUGUUCCAAGAGUGCUGUCCACACUCUACCGACAGGGUCGUCUUAGUGGGAGGAAAACCAGAACGUGUGGUUGAAUGCAUAAAAGUGAUCCUGGAGCUAGUAUCAGAGGCACCGAUUAAAGGCCGUACUCAGCCUUACGACCCUAACUUCUAUGAUGAGACGUACGACUACGGUGGCUUCACCAUGUUGUUUGAGGAUAGGGGCCGACGACCCAUGGGUGGAUUUCCCAUCCGCGUGCGCGGCGGUUUCGAGCGCUUGCCUCCUUUACGUGGCAGCAGACCUCUGCCUCCCUCCAGAAGGGACUAUGACGACAUGAGCCCUCGCCGGGGUCCUCCACCGCCGCUUAGCAGGGGCAUACGAGGGGGCAGCCGAGCGCGUAACCUGCCUCUCCCGCCACCCCCACCGCCAAGAGGAGGAGGAGACAGGUUUUCACAUGGCAGCUAUCAUGGCAGCAUGGAUGACAGACCAAGUGAAAGAAGAGGCAGAGACCGCUAUGACAGCAUGAGUGGAGGUGGUUACGACAACAAUUCUUCCUGGGAGCGCUUUCCAUCUGGCGGCAGAGGAUCGUACAGCGACAUCGGAGGCCCAGUCAUCACGACGCAAGUCACCAUCCCAAAAGAUCUGGCGGGCUCCAUCAUCGGGAAGGGCGGCCAGAGAAUCAAGCAGAUCCGCCACGAGUCUGGGGCAUCCAUCAAGAUUGAUGAACCACUAGAGGGCUCUGAGGACCGCAUCAUCACCAUCACAGGGACACAGGACCAGAUCCAGAACGCCCAGUACUUGCUGCAGAACAGUGUGAGGCAGUACUCUGGUCGGUUCUUCUAGAGGGAAGCGGAAGAGAGGGUGAAGCCAUGCUGCCAUACUGUUUGCUCUUUCUAUUCAGAGCCAACAUUCCUCUGCUUUGGGUAGAUGUGUCCCUUCCCUUUAACUGUCUCCAGCUACACCACCGUUGUGUACACCGGGUUUUAUUUGGAGGCCUGAAAAAUCCAUAAUUCAGUGCUGGUAUCUUCUUUUUCUUUUUAUCUACUGGUGUGUAACCCAUCUGUGUGAUUAGGUUUGGUGUUGUGAGACGGCCCUAGGCCUUAUCUACCGCAUUUCAGUACAGCAAGCAGAAUGUACUUUUUUUUUUUUUUUACUUUCUGUUCUUGUUUGAAAGACCACUUUCCUAACAAAGAUGAAUAGUUUUUGAAUGGUUGAGAAACUAUUAAAGUUAAAUAACUGUUAAAUUUA